AUGGUUUUCAAGGACUACACUUUUUCUCUUUAUGUCUUUUUAGCGGUAGCCGUCAUACUCUUUACUGGCCACAUUCAUGGCGCUGGCCUAUGCGACAAUUCUCCUAAUAAGCAAGUCUGUUAUUCAAUUGUCUAUAAUCGGACUGUCCCUCGUGAUGCCACGGUUGCAGCUUGUCACAAAUUGGUUUACGAGACCAAAGAUGCAAGGGUGGUGGCUCAAAGGCAAGGCAAGUCCCUCGAAAUUGAUUUAUGCAUAACCGAAUUUAACCGUGCCCUUAAUACUGUCAAACACGCCUUGACUGGCCUCGAGGCCCGUGACUAUCUUACCGUGAAGGCCUACAUCAACGGCACCCAGCUCAACUACGAGACUUGCGAUUAUUUCUACCAGCAUUAUGGCAAGAUCAAUCCCAUUGCCAAAACUACUAAGCACUUAAAGGACAUUGCUAGCGUCGGUGCGUAUCUAGCAACUUUACUUAAAUGA